AUGUUCUGGGAUAAUAAAGGUGUUUACUAUUUUCUUGAUAACACUGGUGGGUAUGUGUAUGGGGGAAAUAUUGAAGUUCCAAAAGGAUUUUUGGAUAAAAGGAAGAAAUUAACACCUACUCCUGAUCAUAUUGGAACAUUAUCAUCUUGGCCUUCUCCGUCAUCUGAUGGUUUAUUGUCUGUUAGUGCUAAAGGCUACUUUGAUGAGUGGUUUAGCAAUAUUCUUGUUGAUUCUCAAGUCAGAGCGUCUCGCAUCCAUGCUCACAUUGAUGUGCAAAGUAGGGAAGCCAAUGAAAGUGAAGAGAAAAUAAGAGAGGAAGAAAAAUCAAGCAAAGAGAAGAUUCAAACUGGGAUAUUUAUUGUGGAAGGUGUCUUAGAUCAUCUUCAAGAUUCAACUCUUAUGUUCAACCUUAAUAAAAAUGAUGUUGCGCCUGCUCCUUCUUCUAAUAUACCUUAG